CGCAUGCGCAGAGAGGCGGGACAGGGCCGUCCACUCGGCUGAGCUGCGUGCUCUAAGUCCGUGACUUUUCUCAGUAUUUGCCGUGGGGGCCGAGCUGCGGUCGCCCUGCAUUUAUUCGUCCUCCUAAAGAUGCAUCCUGACUUAUCGCCACAUUUGCACACCGAGGAAUGCAACAUCUUGAUUAACUUGCUUAAGGAAUGUCACAAAAAUCACAACAUUCUGAAAUUUUUUGGUCAUUGCAACGAUCUUGAUCGGGAAAUGAGAAAGUGCUUGAAGAAUGAGUAUUCAGAGAAGAGGACCAGGAGCCGGGAGCACGGUGCUGCCAUGCGAGCGAGGCUUUUCAGCCCUCCAGAGGAAGCUGGAAAAUAGGAGAAGCUGGACAUUCAAUUUGCAGGGUGGCCAAUCAGGAUAAAACAGAAGUGGGACGGAACCAGAAUUCUUGAAGUCCCCCUAUGAAAGCUGAUAUGGAUAUUUAGACAUUUUGCUGGUAGAGCCUUAUAGCAAACCAAUAAACUGUUAAUCAUAGUCAGUUACAAUGACAAAAA